UUUAGAAACUAUACUUCCCAGGAUCCUUUGAGGUAAGGGCUUUACACUCCCUCUGGAGGAGCAGGUACGUAGCUUGGGGGUGUUCCUGGAUCUGCUGCUGUCUGUUGAGGUUCAGGUGGCCUCAGUGGCUCGGAGUGCCUUCCAUCAGCUUCGGCUGGUGGCCCCGCUACUCCCCUAUCUGGACAGGGAUAGCCUGACUACUGUUGUCUAUGCUCUAGUAACCUCUAGCGUACAUUACUGCAACACAGUAUAUGUAGGGCUGCCUCUGAAUUCAGUGGCCAGGUUGGGACAAGACGGUUUGAGCAUAUUACACCAAUCCUGGUCCAACCGCACUAUCUGCCAAUUCAAAAUGCUGGUUUUGACCUAUAAAGCCUUAAACGGCUCAGGAAACCUCAAGGACUGCCUCUCCCCAUAUAAACCAUCCCAGCCUCUGAUCAUCCUCUAAGGCCCUUCUACAUGUGCCUUCCUCCACGUGAGGUCCAGAGGGUGGCAACACAAGAACGGGCCUUUUCUGUGGUGGCUCCCCAUUUGUAGAAUGCUCUCCCUAGGGAGGCUCGCCUGGUGCCUUCAUUGCAUAUUUGUAGGUACCAGGCGAAAACGUUUCCUUUCAACCAGGCCUUUGGCAGAUUAAUAUCCUACGGCCUUUUAAACAUGUCUGUGGGAACGGGGGUGAGUUAUUGUUUUGCUGUUUUGUUUCACUUAUUUACUUGUUCUUUUAUCCUGUAUUUUAUUCUGUGAACUGCCCUGAGAUCUUAUGGUGAAGGGUUGCAUAUGAAUCUAAUAAAUAAAAUAAAAAUAAUUAGGGUGUGGUUGUAGCCCCAGGAAAUGCCCCUUCUCUUUUUUUUUUAAAUAUAAUUUUUAUUAACAGGCCAAUCAAAUCACAUUUUCCAAAUCACAUUAGUUCCAAAUUAUACAGCCAGAUUUUUAAUUUUUGUUGGGGGUGCCCAUACUCCAAGCUCCAGACGGGGGUCCAAACAUCACUUAUAUUGCUGCUUUAAUUAGACAGUCCUAUCCAGUUCUGUCCAGAUAGUCUCUUUAUUACUUUCUUCAUCUUCUUGUUGUUAUCAUAUAUUCCUUUCUUUGCAAUCUCUGAUAAUCUUCACAAGCGGAUUGGAAACAAACAUCCUCUGUGUGGGUUUUAGACUCUCCCAAAAGUCAUAUCACAUAGGGACAGACGCCAUUCCACACUUCCGUAAAGAAUUUAUCCUCGGUCUGUCCUUUAAUUUUCCCAGGCUUGCCAAGUAUAUCACAUAAGGGCUCUGCCAGGUUUAGAUCACAUUCCAUUCAUCAUUCACAUUCCGAUAAUCCUGGUCCUCCUCCCCCCGUCUUUCUUAGACAAGCCUGUCUUAGCAAGACGCCAUUUAAAACUGCGUCAUAAAAUUUUCCUCCAUUGUCCGAUAUUUACCAGUCCUCUCUUCGAUCAAUAAUUCACUCCACACAGCUCUUGAGUUCCUGCUUGUGAUUAAUAAAAGACAACGAUUCGUCUUUCUGGGGUGGAGGGUUAUUAAUAUUCACAUAAGGCAAAGAAAAGAAAAGUUUUUUCCUCCACCCCCCUUCCUUUUCGCUCCAAACAUACCAGUCUCUUAAUGGUGGUUCAUCACUUGAUUUAUUUGUCCCUCCCGCCGCUCCGGUCACAGAGAUGCAUUAAUCAGCAGUCUUAUCUCCCGAACUUUGCUUGAUGUAUGUGCUUCAGCUUCUUUCCAAUUAUAUAUUUCCAAUUAUAUUUUCGAGCUGAAGCGAACAAGGGCGCGAUUGGAGAAAGCGUCAGGAAGAGCCGACUUCACUGAGGGCGUGUGCCAAGUGACUGGGCACCCCCUUCUUUCGAUUCCGGGGGUGCAUUAUGGACACCGCUGGCAAGGCAGUCCCCCCCCAUCUUCUUGGGGGGUCGGGAAGGCUGCAUACUUCCCAUAGCAGCCUCUUAAUUACCUCGUGUGGGUCGGAAAGAUGUUAUUGUCGGCCAUCUUCCAAUGCGCCACCUGGUGGCCCCCAGGGAAUGCCCCUUCUCAAACCUCCAGUCAGGAAGUGAGGUUUUGCUCUGUUUCCUCUUCCUUGGAAGUAAAAUUACAGCUAUAGGAUGCUGCCUUAUACUGAGUCAGACCUUUGGUUUGACUUUCCGUACUGACAGCUCUACAGGACGUGGGUGGCGCUGUGGUCUAAACCACUGAACCUCUUGGGCUUGCCGAUCAGAAGGUCGGCGGUUUGAAUCCCCUUGACGGAGUGAGCUCCCGUUGCUCUGUCCCAGCUCCUGCCAACCUAGCAGUUCGAAGCACACCAGCGCAAGUAAAUAGGUACAGCUGUGGCAGGAAGGUAAAUGGCAUUUCCGUGCGCUCUGGCUUCCGUCACGGUGUUCCUUUGCGCCUGAAGCGGUUUAGUCAUGCUGGCCACACGCCCCGGAAAGCUGUCUGUGGACAAACACUGGCUCCCUCGGCCUGAAAGCGAGAUGAGCGCCGCAACCCCAUAAUCGCCUUUGACUAGACUUAACCGUCCAGGGGUCCUUUACCUUUUUACCUUUUACCUUAGUGUCUGUACUGACAGCUCUCUUGGAUUUCAGACUGGGGUCUCUCCCAACCCUACCUGGAGAUGUUGAGGAAUGAAUUUGUGGCCUUCUGCGUGCAGGGCAGGUGCUGAAAUUUUGCUGAUAUUUAAUUUUACCGUUUACUAUUCUAUUGAAUACUGGAUUAUUGAACACUGCUUUAUUUGAGAUAAGCUGACUGUUUUAAAGUUAUUGUGACCUUUUUUGUAUUUUAUCAGAUUGUUAUUACAUGUGCAAUCUUCCCCGUCUAUUUUAUUUCUUCUUCAACUUGUAAAUCACCUUGUGUAUAGUAAACAGAAAGGCAACAUACAAAUUAAAAGUGAAACAAAAUGAAAAUAUGCCUGCUUAGGCAGCAACUGGAGAGGUACCCAUGCACAUUCAAUUGCCUAACAAUGUCUACAUCACCCAGGAAAUUGCAGCUGCAGAGAUAAGAAAAGAAAAGAAGAGUUGUUCCAUUGUGUGGAGAGGUCACUUCCUGCUUACUUGGACUGCCAGGGUGAAACAGGUGCAAAACGCCAGCACUCUGUCGUCUACAACUUCAUUAACAUCUAUCUACAACUCCACUAGCAUCUCUCGGUAUUGUGAAUAACUCCGAACUUACCUUUUGAUGGUAUCUUCAUGAACUUAUCUAAAAGACUGAGUUAAGCAUUUGAAAAGCCUACUGAAAUCAGACAUUAUAAGUUCAUCUUCGGUUGGGUAGUUCUCAAGUCUCUGUGGCUUUGUUUAAUGUUUUGUAUUUUUCUCAUAAAGUUGAUAAAGAAUGUUUACCGUA